AUGGCGCCCGCACAACCAGAAUUGAAGAAGUACCUCGACAAGCGACUAUUUGUUCAAUUAAACGGAAGUCGAAAGGUUCUAGGCAUUCUUCGCGGUUACGAUGUUUUCUUAAAUAUCGUUCUAGAUGAUGCCGUAGAGGAGAAGGAUGGAGGUGAAAAGGUCAAGCUUGGCAUGGUUGUCAUCCGAGGAAACUCUGUGGUCAUGCUAGAAGCACUCGAGAGAAUAGGUGGAGAUCGCGACAAAUGA